AUGGCUACUACUAUGAAGGCUCUUGUUGGUGCUGAAUCAGGCGGCUACCGUCUAGCCGAGGAUAUCAAUAUCCCCGUUCCGCAACAAGGCUCGAUGUUAGUCCAGGUGCAUGCAGUCGCUUUAAACCCACGAGACGCAAAGAUUGUCGAUUUCUCCAAUUCCCCCGGGUCCCUCGGCGGCUGUGACUUUGCCGGAAUUGUUAAAGAGGUGGGUGAAGGCGUGACGCGGUUCAAAGAGGGUGACCGUGUACUCGCCGUUACCUUUGGCUCAAAUGCCUCAGAUAAGACGAAAGGUGCCUUUGCUGAGUUCGCGUUGGCAGAAGAGGACAUCAGCUGCCACAUACCCGAGGCCUUCACCUUCACGCAAGCAUGUUCGAUCGGACUUUCGAUGGCUACGGCCGGUUUGGCAAUUUUUCAGGCCCCCGGACUGGAGCUGUCCAUGCAAGGGGGAAAGGGGGAGGCCGUGCUGGUCUCGGGAGGUGCUACGGCCACAGGGACCAUGGCAACGCAGAUAUUGAGGAUGGCCGGAUAUACACCCAUCGUCACCUGCUCGCCUGCCAACAACGCUCUGUGCCAGUCUUAUGGCGCUGCAGCCUGCUUCGACUACCAUUCUUCCGCCUGCGGGGCUGAUAUCCGUGUGCAGAGUGACGACAGUCUAGGGUACGUCCUGGACUGUGUCACCGACACUGCCACCAUGAAGAUGUGUUAUGAAGCCAUCGGUUCUUCCGGUGGCAGCUACAUCGCACUCGAGACAAUCGCCACCACUGUCAAGUACACGCGGAGGGAUGUUCGUGCGGACUGGUUUCUGGCCGAUGCCAUAAUGGGGACCGGAGUCCAGAUGGCAGGAACUUAUGGGCGCCCUCCCUCGCUCGAGCUCAGGCAGUUUGGUAAGCGGCUAUUUGCCCUGGUUGAGAACUGGUUACACGAUGGGAGCAUCAGACAUCAUCCCCUGGAAAUCCAGGAUGGCGGCUUGGCAAACAUGCCUCAGACUCUCGACGACAUGAAACGCGGAAAUGUGCAUGCGAAGAAGCUGGUAGUGCCGAUUCUGGGACAUUAG